CUUCCCUUAUGGCCAUCCACCCUUCCAGUUAUGACCCGGAAACCUCCACCACCCAUUACACAUUUCUCCCGGGUCAACCCGAUUCCGGUCACCGGAAGUCCAUUAAAGUUGUCUCCGUCAUUUUACUCUCCUCUUUCUUUUUGCUUUAUUUAGCCGCCUUUGUUAUUCUCAACAACCAACCUCCCAACUUGCAAAAUAAAUCUCCGUCGGCGUCGGAGACUUUGACGCCGGCGACCCCGUCAAGAGGUGUUUCUCAGGGAGUGUCGGAGAAGACUUUUAAGGAUGUUUCAGGUACUAGUCAAGUUUCGUACGCGUGGUCCAAUGCUAUGCUUAACUGGCAAAGAACUGCUUAUCAUUUUCAACCUCAAAAAAAUUGGAUGAACGAUCCUAAUGGUCCAUUGUACCACAAGGGAUGGUACCAUCUAUUUUAUCAAUACAAUCCAGAUUCUGCUAUUUGGGGAAACAUCACAUGGGGCCAUGCAGUAUCCACUGACUUGAUCCACUGGCUUUACUUGCCUUUUGCCAUGGUUCCUGAUCAAUGGUACGAUAUCAACGGUGUUUGGACUGGGUCCGCUACCAUCCUACCUGACGGUCUGAUCAUGAUGCUCUAUACUGGUGAUACCGAUGAUUAUGUGCAGGUGCAAAAUCUUGCGUACCCCGCCAACUUAUCUGAUCCUCUCCUCCUUGACUGGGUCAAAUACCAGGGCAACCCCGUCUUGGUUCCCCCACCCGGCAUUGGUGUCAAGGACUUUAGAGACCCGACUACUGCUUGGACCGGACCCCAAAAUGGGCAAUGGCUGCUAACCAUUGGGUCCAAGGUUGGUAAGACCGGUAUUGCACUUGUUUAUGAAACUUCCAACUUUACAAGUUUUAAGCUAUUGGAUGGAGUUUUGCAUGCGGUUCCGGGUACGGGUAUGUGGGAGUGUGUGGACUUUUACCCGGUAUCCACCUUAGAGGCAAACGGGUUGGACACAUCAUAUAACGGGCCGGGUAUAAAGCACGUUCUAAAAGCAAGUUUAGAUGACAAUAAGCAAGAUCACUAUGCUAUUGGGACAUAUGACCCGGUAAAGAACAAAUUUUCACCCGAUAAUCCAGAUUUGGAUUGUGGAAUUGGGCUGAGGCUGGACUAUGGGAGAUAUUAUGCAUCAAAGACAUUUUAUGACCCAAAGAAACAAAGAAGAGUACUUUGGGGAUGGAUUGGGGAAACUGACAGUGAAUCUGCUGACCUCCAAAAGGGAUGGGCAUCUGUACAGAGUAUUCCAAGGACAGUGCUUUUUGACAAGAAGACAGGGACACAUCUACUUCAGUGGCCAGUUGCAGAAAUUGAAAGCUUAAGAUCAGGUGAUCCUAAAGUGAAGGAGGUCAAUCUUCAACCAGGCUCAAUUGAGUUACUCCAUGUUGACUCAGCUGCACAGUUUGAUAUAGAAGCCUCAUUUGAAGUGGACAGAGUCACGCUCGAGGGAAUAAUUGAAGCAGAUGUAGGUUACAACUGCUCUACUAGUGGAGGUGCUGCUAGCAGAGGCAUUUUGGGACCAUUUGGUGUUGUUGUAAUUGCUGAUCAAACAUUGUCCGAGUUAACUCCAGUUUACUUCUACAUUUCUAGAGGCGCUGAUGGCCGAGCAGAGGCUCACUUCUGUGCUGAUCAAACUAGAUCCUCAGAGGCUCCUGGAGUUGCUAAGCAAGUUUAUGGUAGUUCAGUACCAGUGUUGGAUGGUGAAAAACAUAGGAUGAGAUUAUUGGUGGACCACUCAAUUGUGGAGAGCUUUGCUCAAGGAGGAAGAACAGUGAUAACAUCGCGAAUUUAUCCAACAAAGGCAGUGAAUGGAGCAGCACGGCUCUUCGUUUUCAACAAUGCUACAGGGGCUAUUGUGACUGCCUCCCUCAAGAUUUGGUCACUUGAGUCGGCUGAUAUUCGAUCCUUCCCACUGCAAAAGUUGUGAUUUAUAUCUUCUUCAUUCUUUUCUCAUUUGAAGGUUAUUCCACCGUCCCAUCAAGAAAUCCAAGAUAGAGAGUACGGUAGAGUAUGUAGAUUUAUUUGCCAUUUUAGUGGAGUAUUUUUCUUCUGGACUGCUAUUGUUGCCCAGCAGUGUCAGCGUGGGCGGAUUACCAUAUGAUAUGGGUUCUGUGAACCCAAUAGCUCGGAUUCUGUAAAAGUAAGAAAGUUCAGCAAAUAUGUACAAAUAAUUUAUUGGCUUCUUAGUUCUUA